CCCCUCCCGGGCCCCUCCAUCCUCGCGCUGCUGCCCCCUCCCCCUACGAGCCCCGCGGGGAGCGAGCGUCGAGGAGCCGCCGCCGCCGCAGCAGCGCUUGAACCGAGCAAGGAGGGAGCGGGGCGCGACCCGGCGGCGGCGGCGGCGGCAGGGGCAGCAGCAGCAGUGGCCCCGGCUUCCUGGGGGGAGUCUGGAGAGCCAUUGACGGGAGAAGAUCAGCCCCAGACGGUCGGGGAAUGGACCUCGGAACGGUGCGUGGAGCCCUGGCCCCGAGACCUCGAGUGUAAGAGGAGGCGGGCCAAGGAGAAAAAGAGGCCGGGGGGCACUGCCGGCCUUCCCUGGGGGACCCUGUUCGGCCUGCCCUCCUCCCUCGGCCCAUGGAAUUCGGACGCACCGAGGGCUUGCUGGUUUCGGUUCGGAGGCCGGGCGGAUCAUGGGGGGAGGCACCUUUGCGCAUCUCGUCGGCUUUGAAAUUGAAGUGAUUUGAAGCGAAACUUACUUGGGAGGGAAGUGCCCCUCCCCCCCACCGUGCCCGGCCCUCCCCUCCAACCCCCAGCCACGCACCAGGAUUAGGACCCACGCGGGCGAUGCGGCCUGGAGCUCCGGGUUUGACGCCACCGGCAUCGCCCCUUCCUUGGGCAGGGAAGUUGUAGCUCCCCCACCAAUCUGCUCUCCAUUCUCCCCGGAAUACCCCCCACCCACACCUGCUCCCUGGCUAUGUUUCCUUCCAAAUCGGGCUUUUUUUUCGAUAUCGUGAAACUACGUGGGAAAUCGUCGUGGUGAUUUCUCUGGCGACCUCUGGCUCCCCACCUUCCUCCACUUCUCCAUCCGGAGAAUGCAUCCUGUUUGGAGGGCAGAGCCGCGCUGUCUCCCUCGCGUGAACCACGUCCGACGAGGAGAGAAAUGAAGGGAAUUUUCUGCAGUGGAGUCCGAGCUCUGCAGACGGGUCCUUUAAGCAUCUGCCAUUUGUCCUUUCAAACUGCAUUGUGAGAAUACCAAGCAGGAACAUCGGGAUAACUCAAAACGGGGAAAGGAGGGGUGAAAAUCCCUCCCGCCGGUGUUUCUUCCCCUCACUCCUAUUUUCUUGACCCUUUUUGGCUCUUUGGCUUGCCCAGGUAUGACUGCCUCGCUGCAAAGCCUCGGGCCGAUGCUGCUGCUCUCCUGGACCGUAUUGCUGAUCAGCACUGCGGCUGCUUCCCAGAAUCAAGAACGGUUAUGUGCAUUUAAAGAUCCAUAUCAGCAAGAUCCAGGAAUUGGUGAGAGUCGUAUAUCCCAUGAAAAUGGCACUGUUUUAUGUUCAAAGGGCAGCACUUGCUAUGGACUUUGGGAAAAAUCCAAAGGGGACAUAAAUCUCGUGAAACAAGGAUGUUGGUCUCACAUUGGAGAUCCUGAAGAAUGUCAUUCUGAAGAAUGUGUUGUAACAACUACCCCUCCCUCAAUUCAGAAUGGAACGUACCGUUUCUGUUGUUGCAGAACAGACUUAUGUAAUGUCAACUUCACUGAGAACUUUCCACCUCCAGAUACCACACCUUUGAGUCCUCCUCAUUCAUUUCACCGAGAUGAAACAAUAGUAAUUGUCUUGGCAUCAGUCUCUGUAUUAGCUGUUUUGAUAGCUGCCCUAUUCUUUGGCUAUAGGAUGCUGGCAGGGGAUCGUAAGCAAGGUCUUCACAGUAUGAAUAUGAUGGAAGCAGCAGCCUCUGAGCCUUCUCUGGACCUAGAUAAUCUCAAACUUCUGGAGCUGAUUGGUCGGGGACGAUAUGGAGCAGUAUAUAAAGGUUCUUUGGAUGAGCGUCCAGUAGCUGUAAAAGUUUUUUCUUUUGCCAAUCGUCAAAACUUUAUCAAUGAGAGGAACAUUUAUCGAAUUCCUCUUAUGGACCAUGACAACAUUGCUCGCUUCAUUGUUGGAGAUGAAAGAUUCACUGCUGAUGCACGAAUGGAAUAUUUGUUGGUUAUGGAGUAUUACCCCAAUGGUUCUUUGUGCAAGUAUUUGAGUCUUCAUACCAGUGAUUGGGUAAGCUCUUGUCGUUUGGCACAUUCUGUGACCAGAGGCCUGGCAUACCUUCAUACAGAAUUACCAAGAGGAGAUCAUUAUAAACCUGCAAUUUCCCAUCGAGACUUAAACAGCCGAAAUGUUCUUGUAAAGAAUGAUGGAACCUGUGUCAUUAGCGAUUUUGGAUUAUCUAUGAGACUAACAGGAAAUAGGCUUGUCCGUCCUGGGGAAGAGGACAAUGCAGCAAUAAGUGAGGUUGGUACAAUCCGAUAUAUGGCACCAGAAGUGCUAGAAGGAGCCGUGAACCUGAGGGACUGUGAAUCAGCUCUAAAACAAGUGGACAUGUAUGCACUUGGCCUAAUCUACUGGGAAAUAUUUAUGAGAUGUACUGACCUCUUCCCAGCAGGUGAGUCUGUGCCAGAGUACCAGAUGGCCUUCCAGACAGAAGUAGGGAACCGUCCCACUUUUGAAGACAUGCAAGUCCUGGUAUCUAGGGAAAAGCAGCGGCCCAGAUUCCCAGAAGCCUGGAAGGAAAAUAGCUUGGCUGUAAGAUCACUAAAGGAGACAAUCGAAGACUGUUGGGACCAGGACGCAGAGGCUCGGCUUACUGCUCAGUGUGCUGAGGAGAGGAUGGCUGAACUCAUGAUGAUUUGGGAAAGGAACAAAUCAGUCAGUCCAACAGUCAAUCCAAUGUCUACUGCUAUGCAGAAUGAACGCAACCUGUCCCAUAACAGGCGUGUGCCAAAGAUUGGCCCUUAUCCAGAUUAUUCUUCUUCCUCAUACAUAGAAGACUCCAUCCACCACCCUGACAGCAUCGUCAAGAACAUUUCCUUAGAACAUUCAGUGUCUAGUAGCACACCUUUAACCGUAGGCGAAAAGAACCGAAAUUCAAUUAACUAUGAACGACAGCAAGCCCAGGCUCGCAUUCCCAGUCCUGAAACGAGCGUCACCAGCUUGUCCACGAACACCACCACCACGAACACCACCGGCCUUACUCCCAGCACCGGCAUGACCACCAUCUCGGAGAUGCCCUACUCCGACGAGACCAGCGUCCACGCCAGCGGCGGGACUCAGCCGGUGGGGCCGACCCCCGUGUGCCUGCAGCUCACCGAGGAAGACCUGGAGACCAACAAGCUGGACCCCAAGGAGGUGGACAAGAACCUGAAGGAGAGCUCCGACGAGAACCUCAUGGAGCACUCGCUGAAGCAGUUCAGCGGCCCGGACCCCCUGAGCAGCACCAGCUCCAGCCUGCUCUACCCCCUCAUCAAGCUCGCCGUGGAGGGAUCCGGGCCGCAGGACUUCCCGCCGGCCGCCAACGGCCAGGCGUGUCUCCUCGCCGGCGUCCCGCCGGCCCAGAUCUACCCUCUUCCCAAGCAGCAGAACCUUCCCAAGAGACCGACGAGCCUCCCCCUCAACACCAAAAACUCCACCAAAGAGCCCCGGCUCAAGUUCGGCAGCAAGCACAAGUCCAACCUGAAGCAGGUGGAAACCGGAGUCGCCAAGAUGAACACCAUCAAUGCCGCGGAGCCGCACGUGGUGACGGUCACCAUGAACGGCGUGGCGGGCCGAAGCCACGGCGUGAGCGCGCACGUCGCCGCGGCCCCCUACGCCAACGGCGCGCUGCCCUCGGGCCAGCCCCCCGGCGCCGCCGCGCACCGAGCCCAGGACAUGCUGCACAACCAGUUCAGCGGGGAGGACAGCCGGCUCACCAUCAACUCCAGCCCCGACGAGCACGAGCCCCUGCUGAGGCGGGAGCAGCAGGCCGGCCACGACGAAGGCGUCCUGGACCGCCUGGUGGACAGGAGGGAGCGGCCCCUGGAAGGCGGGCGGACAAACUCCAAUAACAACAACAGCAACCCGGGCCAAGAUGUGCUCCGCGCGGGCCCCGGCGCCGAUCCCGGGCAGCCCAAGCCCAGAAGAGCCCAGAGGCCCAACUCCUUGGACCUCUCGGCCACCAACGCACUGGACGGCGGCGCUCUGCAGCUAGGUGAGUCAUCACAAGAUGGCAAGCCAGGAUCAGGUGAAAAGAUCAAGAAACGUGUGAAAACCCCCUAUUCCCUUAAGCGGUGGCGCCCUUCUACCUGGGUCAUCUCCACGGAACCACUGGACUGUGAGGUCAACAACAAUGGCGGUGACAGGGCCGCUCAUUCCAAAUCCAGCACUGCUGUUUACCUUGCAGAGGGGGGCACUGCCACAACCAGGGUGUCUCAAGAUACAGGAAUGAACUGUCUGUGAAGUAUCUCCCAAGCCUACCCAGAAAAGUACUUUUUUUUCAUCAUUUAAAACGAACAUACAGAAGACAUUAAAAAAGAACAACUUUAUCCUCCUGUCAGCUCCCCCUACAAAGGACUUGCUUUAAAUAGAUUUCAGCUAUGCAGAAAUUUUUUUAGCUUAUGCUUCCAUAUUUUUUAAGUUUGUUUUUUUUAUGUUUUUGCACUUUUAUUUAGUCUCCCUAAAGUUAAGUCUGUCUGUUAUGACCACAAUUCUAUAUAUGUGUAUCAAGAAGAAGUGGUCUCAAAAUAUAUUUUUUAAUGUAUUUCUGAUAAUCAGUUUGGACCAUUUUCUAAAAGGUCACUAAAAUCAGAAGCAGACUCUAAGACAGGUUUGACUGCAGUGGUGUCUUGUAUCCAUGUUUGAUUUCUGUGCACAAGCUAGUUUGUAUGUUUAUACGUUCUUGAGUGUAUCUUUUGAACAUCCCUCUUGUGUUCUGUUGGAAUGUGCAAUAGUCUGAAGGCCACGAGAUGCCUGGUGUUUCUGACAUGGACACAGGUGUGUCCUCCCACAUGGUUAAUACUACUCGACAUUUUCCCCAGCAGUUGGGCUGGUUGGAGUGUGUGAUAGUGAAUUUUGCUCCAUGCAGCCACUCUGAAACUGCUAUCUUGCCUCAUUUUUUUCUCUAAGGUAAUUAUGGAGAGUACAAAAACCUUGCCUCAAAGGGCUCUGAAGAGGGAACCACAAAAUGUAAUUUGAAAUGCAGUUCUUUUCAACCUUCCAAAUCUGAAUACACUUCCUUCUGAGCAUUUUAAGAAACCAUAAUUAGAGUAUUAAAAAAACAAAGAGAGCAUUGAACAAAGUAAAAAAAAAACAUAACUGUCAGCCAUUUUUCCACUUUAUUUUUUUAUUUGUAUCUGUACUUUAUCCAUAUUCAGUCACAUUAGUAAAAUGUUAUAUAAGGAGCACAUUUUUACCAGAAAGCAUGAAGAACUAGCACUGUGAUGUAAAUUUUAAGUAGGUAGGUUGUUCUCUACUCACUUCUCUAAGCAAUCAGUCUUGGACUCAAAAGAAGUUCCAUUUCCUGGUUUAAAAAUGGAUUUUAAAAGUAAUUUCUAGUUACGAACCUGUAGUAUCUUGUGUAUUCUGUUCCCAAACAAAGCCUUAUGGCUUCAUCAGAAUGAUUCAUCUUCCUAAGACCUAAAACACUGUGUGGAAAAAUUAUUCCGUCAGCAUGCCAAAUGCCUGUGGCAGGAAGGAUUGCUGCCAAACCUGCCUGUCUUAAGCUGAUUGAGGCCGAACUUCUCUCCUUUCAAGCCCUCUCUUUCUUGCUUUCACCUCUCACAGGGUUUCUCCCCCAUUAAAUACUUUUGCCCUCUCUCCACACAAACUGCUGAUCUAGAACUGGCAUGUGUGAUGUGCUGGAUGCCUUUUUCUGCCGUAGCAUGUGCCUGCCCCAUGCUUUGGGCUCUUAGUAUUUCUAAAGCUCCCCUCUCCUCCUGCGUUCUUCCCCAAGCAUCUCUCAGCAGCCUUAGCAUAUGUCUCCUCAGAACUGAGAGCACCUUCUCUCGAAUGAGGGAUGCCUUUCUUUCUAAGCACAAUUCUUGGACAACUCGAUAGGUGAACAACAAGAAUCCAGUCCCUUUCAUUUCUCCGAGCGCCCCCGGGCUUCAGAUCUAUUAACUCAGUAACUCCCCAAAUGUUGGUUCAGGGAUCUGCCUCCUGAACGCACUGCCGCAGGCAUGGAACUCUUUCCAGAUGCUUCUCCAUUUAGCCAGAGACGGCCAGCCCGAUGAACCAGUUCCCUUUGCAUGCUCAUUUCCUCCUUACGCUUUCUAGCCCUUAUAAGCUUACAUCCUAGAAAUACUUUUCCCACAUUUGGGUUUUGGACACGGAGCCCUUUGUUCACUUCUUAGCAGUGAUGCUAGCAGAACGGAUACCCCAGGCUUCUGUGUCUUAUUGACAUUGCUCUUUCCUUGGAGUUUUACAGACUUUUCUUGAGUUUCUACUCACAUGUGAUGAGCUUGAUUUUUCAAGUGAGAAUUAUGUAAUGAUAUUAUUUGGCAUUUUCCCCUUUGUUCUUCUAGAUUUAAAUACAUCCCUCAGAGAUAUUUCAGAGAAAUUUCUUAUUUUUCAACAAUGGAUAAGAUAUCCAAACCCUCAUCAAAUAUGAAAUACAUUUACUAGUGGGAAAAGAACAUUUGAGCUCUACCUGAUCCUCCUCUUCCUGCCAUGAUCGGAAUUAGUCCACAGUUUAUUGUGCUUCAUGUAGGGACUAAUUCUUUGUCAGUUUUCCAGCGUCUUAAUGCUUGAUGCAAUCAAAUGAUGUGAACAAAGUUAUAUACCAGAUGAAAAAAACCUCACUAUAUUAUUCAUUUAACAAAAGCCUAUUAAAAUAGUUGUAUUUUUUCCCCUCUACUUACUUCUCUAGAAGUCUGAUGGAAAAAGCUAGGGAAGGUAGAAGAUGUAUUUUAUAAUAAAGCAUCUUAUCACCAAAAUAAUUCUGAAAGAUGAUUUGGUUAAAUAGUCAUUAAAUUUGUUUCAAACUACUUAACUCCUUAAGUAUGUUUGUAAUUACUAGUGAAGCAAUUUCACUUUAAAUGUCUUCAUUGUGGCUCUGCUACUGCUGCAGAGCAGUAGGCUAAAAUAUGUUUCCAAAUUCUGAUGUUUAACUGACUUUAAAACAUUGGAAUUUAGAAAGUAAGUAAUUUGAUCUUUUUAGUGAACAAAAAGCCUUAUGAUGAAAAUAAUAGAAUGUAGUUCAUUGAACAGUAGUAAAUAAACUUUAAAGAUCUAAUAAUAAGUAACCCAGUUCCAAAAUUAGUAGCCCUAAGUAAAGUUAAACUAGUAUACCAAAAAUCAGUAGUUGAAAGUUUUUGUUUUCAUUGACUUGGGGGAAAGGGUUUAAUUGUAAUCUAUGAGGACAAUAAUUUUCCUUUCCUUUGUUAAUAGAUGGUUUACUGGAAGACAGGUAUAUCAUCAGUAGACUGAGACUGUAAAUAAGGGAUUGUGCCAAUAUUAUAUAAGCAAUGACAAGGAUAUUUUAUAUGCUGCUUGGUUGGAUGAAAUUCAGUCACGGUAGGCAAGCACAGGACCAGGUAUCCUAACUGUUUUAACAGAGUAAAAACUAAAAGGUAAGCAGGCAUUUGAAGAUAUGGGUAAAUGUGUCCAAAGUGAAUUUUCUCUACUUGCAACCGGAAAAUAUGGCUCAUUUAAGAUUUAAGAAAUCAAUACAAUACAUGCCACCACAAUUCUAAAGAGGUUUUAUUUCUGCUCUUUGUAGCUUUACAUUGCUGACUUAAAGCAAGAUUAUUUUUGAACAAAAUGGAGAGUGCAUUAUUGGUAUAAAAGAGACAUUUUGUUAUGAUUCCAUGUUAAUAUAAAAAACUUGACUUUUUUGUUAGCACAUUUAAUGAGCUCAGUUUCAUCAAGCAUUGUUUCCAUUGGGAAAACAAUCUCCUUUUAUAGUACAAAACAUAAUUUUUUUUUCAUUUUAGAAAACAAUACUGAGGCAAAGAGUGAGUGUAGCCUGUAGGAAGGAUACAAGGAAAAGCUUUGUGUCAAGUGGGUUUUGUAAGGCUGACUCCUGUUCAUCCACUUGCUACAUAAAACUUUAAUUGAUCCUGAAGGCACCAAGAAUUGAUAUAGGAAACAUUUGAUUAAAUAUAUAUAAAAUAUACAUAUAUAUGAAUGGGAGUUAUCUUAAAAUGGAACAAGAAGUAUAUUUUUUAAAAUUUCCAAAACUAAAUUUAGUAUGGAAUGCUCAUCUAAAUGGCUUAAUAGACCAAUAGUUAUAUGUGAUAUUUCUAGCUAGAAUAACAAUCCAAGAAUCUUUUUGGAGUGGAUCUUACUAAAUAACUUUCUCAUCUUAUAUUUAUGCAGGUGAAUUUUCCAUAGGUGGUCAUUUUCUGGUAGGUAGAUUAUGAAGUCACAUCUGAUUAUAUACUUCCUUCUCUCAACUUCUGGUACAUUCACUGUCAGUGUCACAUAGCUUAGUAGUUAAUAGUUCUCUCAUUUUCCAGAUUAGAUUUGAUUCCUAAGUUAAAUAUAAGCUUCUUAAGGGCAGAGACCAUGUCUCAUAAUUCCUUUUAUCUACCAUAAGACCUAGAACAGUACAAGCAUGUGUAGACUCCAUUAAUUCUUGGUUGGCAUAUCCUAUCAGUUACAUUCUCUAAUAUAUGAAAUGGUAUUAAUAAAGAAUUCAACCUUGAGCCAUGUGAAUUUCAGCCAAAACUACCUUGUAUGGCCUUUUAUGGAUACACCAAUAAAUGAAUAAAACUUAAAAAUCUCUGGUUGAGGUACCUACCUGAAAGACAGAAUGAAAAUAGCCUUUUUUACCUGAUACUCAAAAUUGAGUAACUUUGUAAAAAAAACAUAAGAAAUUAUAGGAUUGGGAGAGCCAGCCCAAGAUGUCAGGUCAUAGGUAACCUAACAACUCCCUUAAUAUACCCCUCCAAAUAACUUUAAAGUAAUGCCUCGAAUGAAAUUCUGGAGCAGCAGAGCUACCCAAAAGGAUGAGACAUUUUUCCAGCCUUAGAAAACCUAGGAGGUUAUCAGGAGAAGUUUGGGAGGAGAAGGAGAAGGGAGGAGCAAACCUCUCCAGAGUCCACACACACGACAGUGGCAACAAUAGCUACAGUAGCAGCAGCUUCAGAAGCACCCAUCCCAGAGAGGGUAAGGGAUGACAGAAGAUCCUUUGUAGGCACUGGGUUCAGCUGGCACUUGACUUGAUACUCUGUCCAGUUCUGGGUCACAGUUCCAGGGCAGAGAGCAAUGGGGAUUGAUCACAAGGGAGCAGGGAGUCUGGUCAGAGUUCAAGGCAAAGGGAAUGCUAGCAUUUGAGGCUGCAAGGGACUUUCCUGAAUAAAGACCAGAGCACAGACCAGGAAAGUAGUGAUCAUACCUCUCCCUGCAUCACACCACAUAGGAAGUACCAAAAACUUGCAGAACCCCCCAGAACUAGCUUUGAAAACAGCACAAAUAAGCUUAAAGCUUAGGACAGUACCUUCCCAUCUCCAGGUGAGCAGAUUCCAACUUUGACCUAAAGUUCAAGUCAAAAAUAAGCUGCAAAAGGGAGAAAACAACAACAAAAAGAAUUUGAUUAUAAAAACCUACUAAGAUAGAAGGGAAAAUCAAGACAUAAAGAUGUCAGAAGAUAACAGUGUGAAAACAGUCACUAAUAAAGCCUCAAAGAAAAAUGCUAAUUGGACCCAAGCUCAACAAAGUUUCCUGGAAAAGUUAAAGAAGGAGAUAAAAGUGGUAUAGGAAAAGUUGCGAAAAUAAAUGUAAUUGAUGCAAGAAAAUUAAUGACUUUGUAAAAGAGGCACAGAAAAAUACUGAAGAAACUAAUACUGUAGAAAUAGAAUUGGCCAAAUGGAAAAAGAGGUACAAAAUCCCACUGAAGAAAAUAAUUUUCUAAAAAUUAGAAUUGAACAAGGGGAAGCUAUUGACUCCACAAGUCAGCAAUAAAACAAAGUUUAAAAGAUUGGAAAGACCAGACCAUAUUGCUAUUUGUCCAUUUAAACUAACAUUGGUCUUGUGUAUCUACCCUUCCUUGUUCCAGAGAAUGAACUAUGGCACUCUUAUUUUUAACAGAUCCAUUCUUUACCUUAUAGAAGUUUCUUCUUGUUUAUUUCAUAAACCUUAUACUUCCCUUUCAAAUGUUUCCUCUCUCCUAAUAGAAAAUGGUCAUGAUCCUUUUAUCCUUUCAUAUACUUGAAAACUGUUCCAUCAAUCCAGAUAUCUGUUUUCCAGUCUCAAUUUUCCUGACUCCUUUAAUUUUUUCUCUUUAACCCUACCAUCAUAAUCAUUUUUAUUCAUAGUUUUAAACAGUUAAAAUAUAGCUUACAAAUAGCCCCAGAAAUUGAAAUUGAAAUUUGAGAUUUCAAAACUUGACAGUUAUUAUGCUAUUAGCAAGUUAACCCUUAAGGUUUGGGCUGAAGACUGGACCUUCCAACACUUUGUGAAUUUCAACUGUGGGAUUUUAUGCUUAAAUGUUCCCACCAAUUAAAAGUGUAAAGCCAUGCAUGAAGAAUUGUAUGUCUCACUAGCUUGCCAUAUUUUGGUCUUAUUUUAACUCUUAUUGUAGCAAGCUUUGCAUCAUUGUAAUAGAGCCAUAAAAAUGUUGUACAGAUCUUUUUCUAGACUACAAUAUUUCAUACACUAAAUGCUACAGGUUCGGCUAUCAAAUAGGCAUAAUAUACUAACCAAACAUCAUCUGUAGUUUUCAUAGGCCAUUUUAAAAAUGUGCAUUUCACUGCAGUAUAGAUUGAAUUGUGACAACCAAUUUCCAUUCUUGUAAUCUCUUUCAGUGGCUGGUUGAAGCUGAGUUAUUUCCGCACAUAAAGAAAAAGCUAGAAAUCCAGUUGAUAGCUAAUACACCGAAAAGCAAACAAUUUUAAAACUCUAGUCUGUAUAUUAUAUGCCUAAAAUAAAUCUAUGAUUUUAAAAGGAUUACUUGAACAUUUAAGUUCCGUUAUUAUUGUUAUAAUAAUGUUCAUGAAGUUAUUGUGAAAACAUUGUAUACAUGUUUAUUUUUUGAACCCAAUUUAAAAUUUAACACCUAGAUUUUAAAGUCUUUGGGGGAAGAAAUCUAGACUAAAAUCAUAUCAUUCUCAAUUUAGGACUGAAUUUUUCAAACAUAUCUUCUAAAAUUAUAAUACUUUCAGUGUUUUAAAAGAUGAUUUAUCAUUUUUGCCAUUUGAUUUGCACUUGUAGAUAUCAAAAACAAAGCUGUUUUAGGCUUUUGAGCAACUAAGUCAGGAUACCCAAUUUUGCUAAAUUCUCAGGGCCCACCACGUCCCUUUGCACAGUGCGGACUUCAGUUGUUAGCAUCUAGACAGCUGAGUCCAGUCUGAUACAUAAGUGUAACCUGUGUAUUGCACAGUGUGUUUUAUUUCACCAUAUGUUUUUAUUAAAUUUACAUAAUUACAUUAUAUAAGAGAAGAGUUUCAGAAAAACUUGUCUGGUCAUAUAAUUAUCUGGAAAAAGAAUGGUUCUGAAGCAAAGGAACCUUUCAGACUAAUUGGCUACAUGUUGCAGCACAGAAAUAAUGGCCUUUGAGUGGAAACACCAUCUUCAAAGCCAUUACAAACCCUUUGAAUGAAUAAAUAUGCAGGUUGGUUUGAGUGGGUUGUUUUUUUGUUGUUUUUUUUAAAGGAGGAGCUCACCUAUGUAGUGGAAUUUUCUCAACAAACAACUUGCUUAACCUCAUAAAACUUUUAUUCCAAAACAAAAGUCAAUAAAUUCAGAAAUCACGUAGGAGGCCUCUAAGAAAUAGCCCAAGGUGGUAGCACCCACCCAUCUGUUCACAUCAUUGAGCCCAGCAAGAAUUGCCAGGUUACUCUCCAUCCAUAGCUAUUGAUUCAGACUUCAGCCUGGAGUUCAGUUUUGUUUUUCCAAAUUAUCAGGCAAGUUAAGACCCAAGGCUAGGCAUUUCAUACUUAAAAUUCUCCUAGUGAAGUGGUCCCAAACCUAGUCUUUGUCUCAGGCAAAACACCUCCGUAUCAAUGCAUUCAUGGUUAUGAGAAAACUAGCACCAGCCCCCCAAAAUGUUUUACAUUGAGACUGAAAGAACACAAAAGAUCUAAAAAAGAUACAAUUCAAAGGUAAUUCAGCCUACAUUUUAACUUCGAAUUACCUGGCUUAUGUGGCUUUUUUUUUUUAAAUCACAUUUAUUUAUUUAAGCAGUUUUGUAUGCUUUGUCUUUUCAUUUCUUUAGGUAAUGUGCUGCAUAGAUGUUUGUAUAAACUGGAGUCAUCCUUAGAUUUCAGUUGGUGACUUUUUUUCACGUGACUAUACAUGACUUACUAUAAAAUACUCUAACUUCUAGGGUUUGGUAUUUGUAGAAGCUGAAACACGGAGAUAUCUAGCUGCCAUGGUUAUUAGGAAAGGACAGGAGAAAUACAAGCUAGGGAAUAUUCAUGUCUAAGUAUGCUUUUCUGGAAAAGAAAGUGUAAAAAAAAUCUAUCUCCUCAAAACCCUCUUGUUAACGGGUAUUUUUUGUUGGUGUGUUUUCCUCUUCAAUUGGUGUCCAUUCCUCUAAACUGCGGAUGGAAUAUCAUGUAUGAAUUUAUAAAUACUUACUUUUAGUUACUUUGCUUUUGUAUAAGCUGUCUGAUAACUUGCUAUGCUGUAUAAGUUGUGUUUGAUGGAACAGUGUGAGUAUGAAAUAUGAAAUAAAGCAAAUUACUUUUCCUUUUUUAUCAUCUAUGGAUGCCACUAUGAAAGCUGACAUUAAGCCACUACAGAGUUUUCUAUGAAUACUUGUAAGUAAAUGCUUUGAUAUAUAUAAACCUGAAUAAAAAAAGAUUGUAUUGAUACAGAGACAUUGGAUAAGAAAAUUUUAAGACAAUUCUUUAGGUUUAAAAAAGGCUUGCUGUAAAAUGGUGCAUUACUCCAUUUAUUAAAGAUCAUAUUAAUGACAACAA